AAACUGAGAGUCAGCAUGUCAGGUACACAUUCACACCAGGUAACCAGUUUAUUCUUGGGAAAUCAUUCAUUUCGCCGGCCACGCGGGAAGAAAGAAUAUCAACAGAUUUUUACUAGCGGAGAGGCUCUCUCUCUUCCCAGAGUUCAGUGUCCCAACCACCCCGAUGCCAUACUGGUGGAGGACUACAGAGCAGGGGACAUGAUUUGCCCUGAAUGCGGCCUUGUAGUAGGUGACCGUGUCAUCGACGUGGGCUCAGAGUGGAGGACGUUUUCUAACGAGAAAGCCCUCAAAGAUCCAUCUAGAGUGGGAGACGCCCAGAACCCACUGCUCAAUGGAGGCGACCUAACCACCAUGAUCAGCAAGGGCACAGGCGCAGCUAGUUUUGACGAGUUCGGUAACUCAAAGUACCAGAACCGGCGGACCAUGAGCAGCUCUGACCGGGCCAUGCUCAACGCCUUUAAAGAGAUCAGCACCAUGGCUGAUCGCAUCAACCUGCCAAGGAGCAUCAUAGACAGAACAAACAACUUAUUCAAGCAGGUUUAUGAACAGAAGAGCCUGAAGGGGCGAGCCAACGACGCCAUUGCUUCGGCCUGUCUCUACAUCGCCUGCAGACAAGAAGGUGUACCGAGAACAUUUAAAGAGAUCUGUGCCGUCUCCCGGAUCUCUAAGAAGGAAAUCGGCAGAUGCUUCAAGCUGAUCCUGAAGGCGCUGGAGACCAGCGUGGACCUCAUUACCACAGGAGACUUCAUGUCUCGCUUCUGCUCAAACCUGAGCCUGCCCAAACAGGUGCAGAUGGCCGCCACCUUCAUCGCCAGGAAGGCUGUGGAGCUCGACCUGGUGCCCGGCAGGAGCCCCAUCUCUGUGGCUGCAGCAGCCAUUUAUAUGGCCUCCCAGGCAUCUGCAGAGAAGAAGACCCAGAAAGAAAUCGGAGAUAUCGCCGGUGUCGCAGAUGUUACAAUCAGACAGUCGUAUCGGCUCAUCUACCCACGAGCUGCUGAACUUUUCCCUCCAGACUUCAAAUUCGACACACCUGUCGACAAGCUGCCCCAACUGUGAAGACGUCCCCGACACAGUGAUAUUUUUCUGCUGUGCUUACGAUUGUAUUUGUUAUUUUAUUUGUAUUGGAUUUUGAAGCUUUCUCUAGUUCUUUCUAAGACUACAAACCUUUACUGAGACAUUCAUAGGAAAUAAAACACACACAUUCCAGGGCUUACACAAGCCGCUUGCAGACUGUACUUAACAGUAUUUCAUUUGCGUGUAUAUACUUUAUUAUGUAUAUAUGUCCCAGUGGGGGAAACGUAAUUGAUGCUUGCAAUUUUCUGCGGCUUUCAUACUGUAUACAUAAAAUGUUGUUUUUGUAGAAAAACGACCAGGUUCUAUUUUGUUAGUUGGUUUGAACUGUUCCAAGUAAUUUAAAAAUGAUUUUCAUUAAAGCAUAGUGCUCAUGGUUUGAACAACAUUAAACAUUUGUUUACAUAAA